AUGGAUAAUAUUUAUUUCAAAAACCAUUUGAAAUUAUUACUCAAUUUUACAAAAGUAUUAUUUUUAUACUAAGCAACACAAGAUUAAUUUAAUUUUGUUUAAGAUGUUAGGUGCAAUUCAGAGAAAACUAUUACUUUAUUAUAUGAAAAUCGAAGCUUAUUAAGAUGUAUUAAUUAAUUGCAAUCAUUUAGCUUAUUUGAAGAUUAAAAAAAUUGAGAAAAUUGGGAAAGGCAAUUUCUUUAAAGGACUGAGUUUAUCUUUGAAAUAAAGAUUAAAUUAUGAAAAAUGUUAUUUUAAUGAAUUGUAAAUUAAUUCAAAUACAGAUGUUAUUAUUUAAGGUUUUAAAGAUCUGGAUAAAUUAUUAUUUUUUUAAAGUCCUUUAUUAAAAAUAUUAUUUAGAUCAUUAUAAUAAUAAACAUUUUAUAAAACAAUGACAUUUAUAUCUUAUUUUACUUUUACUCAAAUUCUAUACUCAUGGAAUACUUUAGAUUAAUGA